GAUUGCGAUGGAGUCAUCAGAGAAAUCAGAUACUCCAAGACGUUCCAUGAGACUUCAAAGACAACGAGCUGUGACACCAGAUUUGCUAAAGUUAGGACCUCGCGAAUUGAUGAAAUUCAAUAAGUCACGCCAAAAGAUUGAAUUUGAUCAAAGCUCAUCAUCCAAAAAUUUGCCAGAAAUAAACAUUAUUCCAGCAACUCCAGUGUCUGCUUCAAAUCCAAUUAAGAAAAGAAGACAUACACAUAACAGUACUGCUUCCAAGAAAACUAAAGCAGAUGAUUUUAAAAAGAUAGAAUACUCAGUUAAAGCUGACGAUCGGAACGAAAAAAAGGAAAUUCAACAAGAUCCAGUUAAAGAUGAAAUUGAAAUUGUUGAGAUUCGAUUUGUUGAAACUAAAAGCGAUGACAACACCGGUCAAAAUCAGGAACAAAUAAUUCAAAGUCCAACUGAAAAUGAAGAAUUUCAUUCAGCCCUAAAUGAAAAUAUUGAAGACAAAUCUUGUGAUAAGACACUUGAAGCAACUGAUAAGGAUAAAAAGGAUUCAAAUAAUAAACUUGAAUAUAAGAUAGAACAAAAAGUAAAAGUCGAAGUUGAGAAAUUGGAUUUAACUCCUCAGUUAAUGGAUGAAAGUAUCAUAUCAGUUCCAGAUUCUCCUUCUAUGAUAAGCACAGCUGUUGUCAAAGAUGCAACAUUCAGUCCAGAGGUUGAUACAUCAAUUAUUAAAGAUACAAGGCCACACAUUGAUAACGUUAUGACACCAAUUUUAUCACGAAAUAUUACGCUACGUACUAGUACUCCGUUAAGUCGUGUAUUAAUACGUGAAACACCAAAACUAUCGGAUCCGGUCAUAAGUGCAUUAAAGAAGGUCUUGUCUCCAAAACUUGGCGACAAUAAGAAGUUAAAUGAAGAAAGUUUGAACGAGACAUUUAAUAGUCAGUUCAAAAUGGGAAAUCCCCUAGAGAAAAGUAUUCUAAAGAGCUCACGACGUAAACGUUCAUUGUCUGUAGCUGAUGGUGAAUCAUUUAUGCAGAAAAGAGUUGAUUUUAUGUCACCACAAAUAAUGAAUAUUGACAUGAUUGAUGAGAAAAUGCUACAGUCUUUCAAAGAAGAGAAGGAAAUUUCGAAGCAACAGCAAUCACUAGCAAGUGGUAGUGGUUUGCACCGAAAAAGAUCAUUAUCUGAAACGGGAACACCUGGUAAGGCAAAAAUUAAAGUGCCAAAUUUUAAAGCCAUACAUGAGCAGCAAUUUAGGAAAAUGGAAUCUAUUGUUGAUCAUGCUCAACGUAAAUCUGAACGUGCAAAACGUCUUGCAACUCCAUCAAAAAUGUCGUUUCUUCCCAAAAUCAAUGAAACUUCUGAACAUAAUGCUAUAUCAAAAAUUCCGACUAGAAAACCAUUAGCAAAAGUGUCGUCGUCAGAAAAUAUUUUGCAUGGAAUAAAAUCUCGCACAAUCAAAAGAUCAAACUCUGCUGAAGCUUAUCCAAGGCCUUCUUCCUCUUCGAAAAUUCCAAGUUUAAAAGAAACUGAACAUAAAUUAAGCUCUGGUAAAAAGAUCUUAUCACGCAUCUUAGAAACAAAAACUACCGCACUAUCCAAAUUGCCAGCUAUUAAUACAAAAGUUCCACCAGUAUCCAAAUUCACAGCUACAAAGAAACCAACAGUUUCAAAGACAAUUCCAAAAGCAGGCUCAUCAGUUCAGUCAAUGCGAGCCAAAGUCGAAGAAAGGCGUGAGAGAAAUAUGUCUUUAUAUAAAGGAAAUAUUUCCAAAACUGGAUUGGAUCAUCGCAAGAAAACCGAAAAUGCUAUUAAAGGUGUUCGAUUAAACCGACGUUUCGAGUUGCAGAUGCAGCAUCGUCGUAUGGAAGAUUGAGUCUGAAUUUAUAAAGUACUAAAUUAUCUUUUGUCACUUUUUUUUUCAUUUUAAUUAAUCAUUUUAUAAUAAUCUCAUGAUUUAACUUAAAAUCAAUUUAAAAAAAAUUAUCUUAGUUUA